AUGCCUCCGUGUUGUGGCAGUAGCAAACUCGGCGAGCAUGAGGCCACAUGCACUGCCCGCCGCCGGCGCGAGGCUGGCUGCCUACCCCACGUUGACGCUCUGACCCGGUCGGCAGGGGGCGCCGGCCGGCUGCUUCCUGCUCACCAGCCAGUCGCCACGGCGGCUGCCUCCCUCACGUUGGUUGCUACUCGGUCCAAGUCCUGCGCGUACAUGUGCUUUCCAACUACGACGCCAGAUCACCCGAAGGGUCCUUUGACCGGAACUGCCUUCGACCCGCUACCUUUGCCAAGUGGUGUUCCAGUGCCUAUGUGUUUUUGUGGUGAUCCUUGUAAGGUCGAUAAGUCUGAGGAUCAUGACACCUAUCGACAGAGGUAUUGGAUGUGUGCUAACUUUGCAUUUGAGCCAACUAUUGUUCAACGUCGGAUGAAUUUAAUGACUCCUCCACCGCUAUGUGAUUUUGAGCAGUGGAUUGACACAAAAAUAUCAGAGAAAGACAAGAAGUGGUUGGAGAAUCUUAAAAAGUGGGAUGCAGAGGACAAAGAUAGGAUGGAAAAAAGACGAGAGGAGCUUGCUGCCGAGCAACAACGUGAAGACGAAGAGAAAAUGAUGUGUGUUGCUGAAUGCAGGGAAGAGAAGGAGAAGAAGCUUGAGCGUGCACGUCGUGCAAAAGGAAGCAAUGAAGGAGAACCCUGAUGCAUUUCGCAAAGGCAAAUGGCCCUGUUGC